ACUGAGCGCGCUCCAAGGUCACGUGGUGCUGGCGCUGAGACAAGAGUACGUGGCCAUCGACCAGCAGCUGCUGACGCUGCGAGACGGAGACGAGCUGGCCGUGGUGCCGCCGCUGAGCGGAGGAUAGUUGUGUGACAACAAAGAUGGCGGCGUCAGAGGAGGGGCGGGACAUCUUCAAGCUGAGUCGUGAUUGGCUGUCUGUACAGGAAGUUGUGGCCGCUGUCAGCAGUACUUCCUGUGGCGCCAUUUCCCUUUUUAUUGGUACGACACGCGCUGACGUGCUGGAGGGCAGGAAGGUGAGGGGUCUGCAGUACGAGGCGUACGAGGCCAUGGUCCAAUCAGAGCUCAGCAGGCUGUGUGGUGACAUCAGAGCACGCUGGCCCCGCCUCACACACAUCUGUGUGCACCACCGCCUGGGGUGGGUGGAAGUGGGCGAGGCCAGCGUCGUCAUGGCGAUCUCGUCUCCUCACCGCCAAGAGGGUCAGCGGGCCAUCCAGCACUUGAUGGACGGGCUGAAGGCCAGCGUGCCCGUCUGGAAGAAGGAAGUGUACGAGUGCGCCCUGACACAAUGUCCUCCACAGGAAGUGUACGAGUCCCACGACGCCGCCUGGAAGGAGAACGUCGAGUGCAAGUGGUCCCGUUGCCAUGGAGACACCACACAACAACAUUAGUCAAUAAAGGUCACGUUUAUC